AUGUUCAGCGUUCUCUCCAGGAACACGAUGCACCUACCUGUUUUUGAAAAUGCCCCAGGUGCUGGCCGGGCUCGUUUUCUGCGCAAGCGCCUGUACAAAGUGCGAAACGUUAUUUGCACCCGUCGGUGGCCGCUAUGGCUUUGCUCGUUCCUGCUGAUAGGUUUGGUAUUUGUGCUGGCUCCUCGUGUCAUUCGCUCGGGAGCGAGCCUAUGGGAAGCCCCAAACCUGCUGCACACGACUGUUGGUUGCCCGUUUAUGUUUCUCGAAUCGAACUUGACGCUGACGCUGAAUCAGAGUCUAAAGGCGCCAAACGUUUCCAAGACCAUGUUCCUGGCCGCGAUCGAGGUGCGUGAGCAGGAUCAAGGAUAUAUUGCCGGUAUUUUUCGUGUUCGCCAUCCGUUUGCGCCGCACCGUACUUACAAUCCGAGCAAGGACGAUUGGGACAUAUCCAUGGUGGCCAACUCGACGCUUGCAGCUGUGAAUUUUACUGCUAAUCGCCUGGACCAGAUCCAGGGCGGCUCUGCGCGUCAGCUCAGGCUCGGUUCGGAGCAAAUGCAUGCUGUUUAUUCAUACGGGCCAGAGGAUCCACGGAUUAUUCGCUGCGGCAUGCGGACCUUGGCGCUUUUCCAUCAGCCGGACAUAAGGAUGUUCGCACCAAUGCACCAACGCUUCCAGUAUAUCUUGGAUAUUGAGCGCAAUGAACUCUACUGGAUCGAUGAGCCGCGAGCGCUCACGCAUGCUGGGCGGGACUCACCUCUGGUUGACAAGAAUUACGUUCCACUCUGCGUGAAUGGGGACGAUUUGUACAUCGUCACGAGCUUUGAACCGCUGCGUGUGCUCGGGCCUUGCACAUUGAGGAAAGAUCAGGUCUUUGCGCAAGGAGUACACGCUAUUGCACACAGGGCACACUGUCCCGAGGCAUUCAACGCUUUCAAUUCGAGCAACACCUUCUUCAGAGAUUCUCAAAUAUUUCGCGGCUCGACGCAGUUCGAAGAGAUCAUCCCGGGUCGUGCGUACGUGUCACUCGUCCACGCGCGUCGCUGUGGUAUCUACGAUCGAUGCAGCUACCAGGCUGCAAUUGCCGUGCUCGUUCAUCUGAGCUCCAGAGAAUGGAAAGCAGUUUAUUAUCCGUCGCUGCUGAAGCUCUAUGUUCCAGGCGGGCGUGAGAAAGAGCGACCUCGCUCGGGACGCCGACGCGAACAUCGCUGCUUAUUAGAACAGAGUCGACAUGCACAUCAACCUUAUCGGCUCCAUGUGAACCUAGUAGAGAAUCCCGUGUCCAUUAUUCGAUUUGAGAAAGAUGAAAGCGCGCUUGUCAGCCUGAAUGUGAAUGAUGAGGAAACGCUAAUCGUGAGGGUACCCGAGCUGUAUCGAUACGCAAGCUCGCUCGCCAGAUGCAUCCUAGAGGAACGCGCCGAACCACUGCUUCCACGCAUCAGCACGCUGUGGAAAUGCAGCAAUGGCGCCGUCUAUGCCACCCAGGAAAACGCUGUGAAUUCUUGGCACAAAAUAGAUCCGAGCACGGUCGCUCGAUUUCAAGGCUAG